ACAUCCGACCAGCCGUCAGUUGGCUUAAAAGCGUGCAAGGCGGAGCAUCGCGUAAACGGAACAGCCGAUCAGACUCUGUUGCCAAAUAUCCGAUUAGCCAAGAAGGCCAGAGCCCAUGCUGAUUGACCAAUUUGGCCAACAACAACCAUAGUCUGGACUAAUCCCAUUGCUAGCAUCACAGAAACAACAAACACAAGCGACAACAAAAUGGCAAUCGUACUGCAAGAAGCCCAGGAGUGGUAUCGGGACCUGAUGGACAAUAAAAGCGAUCCUCGCGUAAACGACUUCUUUCUGUUAUCCUCGCCACUGCCGACACUCUGUAUGUGCGUAUUCUAUGCCUACUUCAGUAAAUCUCUGGGUCCAAGGCUGAUGGCCAAGAGAAAGCCAAUGGAGCUGCGUUCGGUGUUGGUCGUUUACAACGCGAUACAGACCAUAUUCAGCGCGUGGAUCUUCUAUGAGUACUUAAUGAGCGGAUGGUGGGGUCACUACAGCUUCAAGUGCCAGCCCGUAGACUACAGCACCACUGGUCUGGCAAUGCGGAUGGUCAACAUUUGCUGGUGGUACUACAUUUCAAAGUUUACCGAGUUUUUCGACACACUCUUCUUCAUUCUGCGGAAGAAGAACGAGCACGUCUCCACACUUCACGUCAUUCAUCACGGCUGCAUGCCUUUUUCGGUCUGGAUGGGUCUCAAGUUUGCGCCAGGCGGUCAUAGCACAUUCUUUGCCCUUCUCAACUCUUUCGUGCACAUUGUAAUGUACUUCUACUACAUGAUUGCCGCAAUGGGACCGAAGUACCAGAAGUACAUCUGGUGGAAGAAGUACCUGACCACCUUCCAAAUGGUUCAAUUCGUGGCCAUCUUCACUCACCAGUUCCAACUGCUGUUCCGCGACUGUGAUUACCCCAAGGGCUUCAUGGUUUGGAUUGGACUGCACGGCGUCAUGUUCCUGUUCCUGUUCUCCGACUUCUACAAAGCCAAAUAUCUCAAUGCCGCCCGACGUCGCCGGCAGGCCGUCAAGGCCAAGGCCAAUGGCCAUGCCAACGGCGUGCAUUCGAAUGGACACACCAGUCAUAUCGGAGAGGGGGACGCCCUGGUCGCCAACGGCAGCAAUACGGGGGCUUGCAUGCCUGUGAUGGAGGACGAGUACGUAAAGAGCAACGGGCAUGCCAAUGGUGCCUACAAGGACGGCUUUUUCAAGGAGGGCGUGUUAUCCAACAACGAUGCCAUCUUUAACCCGGACAGCAGUAGUUCUAGUCUGCACCAGCGCAAAGUCAAAUAACUACUGAUUAGGUGUACUACGAUGAUAUUCAUUAUGUUUAUGUUAAGUGUUUAGCGUGUAACUGAACCAGAUUGAAGAACAAGACAAACAAGAAACUUGGCAGAAGUAGCAGAUGCAGUAUGGCAAUUGGCACCACAUCAAGGCAAAAUCAGGACCACUCGGUUAAUCAAUUGUUUUUAGUAAUUUAUAUUUUAAAUACGGAUAAUACAUAAAAUCAGUUAUGUCGAAAGUCAUUCGGAUAAGUCGAAUCUUACCGAACAAAAGCCACCUAUGCCCACCCACCCGAACCGUCGUCAACUAAAGCUAAGUAGGAAAAGCAGCGGCAGCACAAACUAAGAGAUAUUCGAACCCGUUUAUAAACCUUUUGUAUGGCACCAGUUUACAAGUCCCUUUUGAAACACAGAUGCAAUCACUAGUACACAGAGGAAAAGUUAUUUUUUGAAUGAUAUUUAUGCAGCCAUUGAAGCGUGUUCUAAACUAGCGUCCGAAACCAUUUACCAUUUUGAGUGUAGCUUACUGCAUACAAACACCUGCAAAAAAACAUACAUACUCACUCUAGUUGUAGAAUUUUUUAUGGCAAUUUUUGAUAUCAAAUUGAGACGUUAUGAUAAACGAUAGCUAAACAUGCUCUUCUAAGUCUGCUUUAAACUUAAAGAACACGUUAUACUAUUUGUAGCUUGUUUUUGUACAUUGAGAGGAAGGCAUGUUUGUUGCAAUACUUUGUAAAGGUCUAAUAGUAAAACUUAUUUAUAUAUUGUAGCUAGCUAGCCAAUUGCAAAAUGUAACACGACCCAGACCUCCCUAUCGCCUCACAGGCACUAAAACAACUAGACGGACGACAAGACGGAUCAACACACAUAUAGUCAGGCAAAACAGAACAACAAAGAACACAUGGAGAUAAAGCUUUUAUACUGUAAGUGAAAAACGGCUUAAGGAACAGACAAUCAGUUUAGGCGUUGGUUGGUUGCCAACAUUGAAGAUGGAUUGGUGUGAAUCGGAACAAACGUUGUCAACUAUUCAUAUUUCAUUGAACCUCGUUUUGGUGUGGCUCUUACGAUACUUUAUUACUACUUAUACAAUAUCUCCCUGUUCCCACAUUUGGUUUGAAGUUGUUAAACGGUUUUAUUUCAGAGAAUUAAGAAGUAUUUGUGACGAAUUAUUUGUAAGUGUAAUUCUGUCUGUUAACCUGUGCGUAUUGGUUUCAUUGUUAAGUUAUGUGGUUUAAGCUGACAAGUUCAAAAACUAUGGAAAACCUGAAUAAAGCUUAUUAAUUUAUAUUAAAACUGA